GAGCCGUACGCUCCCUCUCAUCCCUUCCCGUCAUGCGGCGCUGCUGCCUGCUCCUCCGUCGUGCCGCCAUGUUGUCGGAGUGAAAGCCCGGGGUGUCAGAGAGAAACUGGGGCCGAAAUCCGCGACCAUCCACCCUCUCCGCCGGCUGUGGUGGAAUGAGCAGUGUGUGUGUGUUGAAGAGGAAAGCAGUGCUCUGGCAGGAUUCAUUCAGCCCCCACCAUAGAAGUACAUCUCCCAGCAUGCCUGUGGUGCUGAGUAGCGGAGGACAUGCCCCCCCAACUGGACAGACCCCUCAGGCCACACCCCCCAGUCAGCAGGGCGUGGCGGGCGCUGGACGUUCCCAGGACGAUGCCAUGGUUGAUUAUUUCUUCCAGCGGCAGCAUGGCGAGCAGCCCGGCAAACAUCGCUGGCCCACUGGAGACAACAUCCAUGACAGUCAGGUGCGGUCCAUGUACGAGCUGAAUCAGGACUUCCAGGCACUGGCUUUAGAAGGACGAGCUAUGGGAGAGCAGCUCCUAACUGGGAAGAAAUUCUGGGAAGUGGAUGACUCUGGGAAGGAUGGACCAAAAGGGAUCUUCUUGGACCAAUGGAGGGACAGUGCGUGGGGUGCCUCAGAUCACGCCGUGUCUCAGCCCAUCAUGGUGUCCCGUCGGCCGGGGCAGGGCUUCCACGGCGGGGGUGAAGUCGGGGUGGGAUCGGUGAUGUCUCCGCGCUCUGAAAGCGGUGGCCUGGGGGUGAGCAUGGUGGAAUACGUCCUGUCAUCCUCACCGGCUGAUAAGCUGGACCCCUGCCUCAGGAAAGGACCAUAUGGACAGAGAGACGGAGAGGUGGAGGAAGAGAAGAGGGAGAAGCCGAAGACGACGUUCGAGGGAGAGAAGCUGAAAGAGUUAACGGAAAGUGAGAACGACGUGAUCAACGACGUCAUCAAUCCAAACGGGCUGCCCGUACAGAACGGCCUGGAUGUCGACGUGAAGGAGUUCGGUCGUCCGCCUGGCAACAUGCCCCCGCCUGGCCCCGAGGGCGACCUGCUGGGGGGACCCGGAGGGGUCGGGGCCGAAGGCUUGACACCACUAGGGGGCGGUGGAGGCCCCAAGCCCCCCGACGACUUCUCCGGGGUGGACCAAGGAGGCGUCACCAUGGACCCCAUGGAGUCGGUGAUGGAGCCGCUUCAGUUCGACUACAACUCUCAGAUGCCCAUGGACUCUGCACCCACUGUGGGCCUGUUUGACUACACUAACCAGCAGCAGCUUUUUCAGAGGAACAACGCUCUGGCUGUGCAGCAGUUAACGGCCGCUCAGCAGCAACAGUACGCGCUGGCAGCUGCACAGCAGCCUCACAUCGGUCUCGCCCCAGCAUUUGUGCCCAAUCCUUACAUCAUCAGCGCCGCUCCUCCAGGGACGGACCCCUACGCAGCGGGACUGGCAGCAGCGGCUACUCUCGGUCCUGCAGUGAUGCCUCCCCAGUACUACGGUGUGACCCCCUGGGGGGUCUAUCCUGCCAACCUUUUCCAGCAGCAGGCUGCUGCAGCCAACAGUUCGGCUAAUCAACAGGCGGCAGGACAGGGUCAGCAGAACCAGCAGCAGGUGAUGCGAGCUGGAGGAAACCAGCGUCCGUUGACCCCCAGCCAGGGUCAGCAGGGUCAGCAGAACGAUCAGCUGGUUGCCGCAGCAGCGGUAAAUUCAGCGCUUGCCUUCGGGCAGGGGUUAGCAGCAGGCGUCCCCGGAUACCCGGUCCUGGCACCAGCGGCCUACUAUGACCAAACGGGGGCGCUGGUGGUCAACACCGGAGCCAGGAGCGGACCGGUCCGCCUCAUGGCCCCUGCCUCCGUCAUCAUCUCCCCCUCUGCAGCACAAGCAGUCGCAGCUGCAGCAGCUUCAGCCGGAGGUGCCAAUGGUGGUUUGGGCGGCGGAGCGAACGGUCCGUUUCGUGCCAUGACAUCCCAGCAGCCUCAGCAGCAGGGCGGCCCUGGCGGUGCGCUGGGAGGAAGCUCCUUCUACGGCUCGUCGUCCCUCAGCUCCUCCUCCCAGAGCUCCUCUCUGUUCUCACAAGGCUCAGGCCAGCCGGGACCCGGGUCAGCCUCGCUGGGGUUCAGCCAGCCUGGCUCUUCCUCGCUCGGCGCCACUCUGGGAGCCACGCUGGGAGGUUUUGGCACCGCAGUGGCCAACUCUAGUGGUGGCAGUGGCUCCAGGCGGGACUCCCUGACGGGCAACAGCGAGCUGUACAAGCGCACCCCCUCCAGUCUCACUCCCAUUGGUCAUGGGGGCUUCUACAACGGCACCCUGGGCUUCAGCCCAUCCCCCGGCCCGGUGGGCAUGCCGCUCCCCAACCAGGGGCCGUCCCACUCCCUCACACCCCCACCCUCGCUGUCCAAUCACAGCUCCUCAUCCAAUCUCAAUCUCGGAGGCCUGACUAACGGCAGCGGCCGCUUCAUCUCGGCAGCUCCGGGAGCAGAGGCCAAGUACCGCAGCGCCGCCAGCUCCGGCUCGUCCCUCUUCUCGCCCAGCAGCCAGCUGUUCCCGUCGUCACGUUUACGCUACGGCAUGUCGGACGUGAUGCCUUCGGGCAGGAGCCGCCUGCUGGAGGACUUCAGGAACAACCGCUACCCGAACCUGCAGCUCCGAGACAUCGCCGGGCACAUCAUGGAGUUCAGCCAGGACCAGCACGGCAGCAGGUUUAUCCAGUUAAAAUUGGAGCGAGCCAGUUCCGCCGAGCGCCAGCUCGUCUUCAGUGAGAUCCUGCAGGCGGCCUAUCAGCUCAUGGUGGAUGUCUUUGGAAACUACGUCAUCCAGAAGUUCUUUGAGUUUGGGAGCCUGGACCAGAAGCUGGCUCUGGCCGAAAGAAUCCGGGGUCACGUUCUGUCUCUGGCCCUGCAGAUGUACGGCUGCAGGGUCAUCCAGAAAGCCCUGGAGUUCAUCCCCUCGGAGCAGCAGGUCAUUAGCGACAUGGUGCGCGAGCUGGACGGCCACGUGCUGAAGUGCGUGAAGGACCAGAACGGGAACCACGUCGUGCAGAAGUGCAUCGAAUGCGUCCAGCCUCACGCGCUGCACUUCAUCAUCGAAGCCUUUAAGGGACAGGUCUUCGCCCUCUCUACUCACCCAUAUGGCUGCCGAGUCAUCCAACGUAUUCUCGAACACUGCCUUCCCGAACAGACGCUGCCUAUACUGGAGGAGCUCCAUCAGCACACAGAGCAGCUAGUGCAGGACCAGUAUGGGAACUACGUCAUCCAGCACGUUCUGGAGCACGGCCGGGCCGAGGAUAAGAGCAAGAUCGUGGCUGAAAUAAGAGGCAACGUCCUGGGACUCAGCCAGCACAAGUUUGCCAGCAACGUGGUAGAGAAGUGUGUGACCCACGCGUCUCGGGCAGAACGGGCGCUGCUGAUAGACGAGGUGUGCAGCCUGACUGAGGGUCCCCACAGUGCCUUAUACACCAUGAUGAAGGACCAGUAUGCCAACUACGUGGUGCAGAAGAUGAUCGACGUGGCCGAACCCACACAGCGCAAAAUCGUCAUGCAUAAGAUCCGGCCCCACAUCCAGACCCUGAGGAAGUACACGUACGGCAAACACAUCCUCGCCAAGCUGGAGAAGUACUACAUGAAGAACGGCGUCGACCUCGGCCCGAUCUGUGGUCCUCCUAACGGCAUCAUGUGAGAGCCACCGUCUUUCCCCCACAACCAAACCCGAAAUCAUGUGCACCCCACCUCAGCUCCGCCCUGCCCUGCCCCACCUCUCAGCUCCCCUCUAUCCACCUCAGCUGCCCCUUCUCAGAUCCUUCAGAAAACUCCCCCUCCAGCCUCUGAAGACGGCAGGCAGCCUUGGAUUUUGUUUUUUCUGUCACCCCUCCCCCAUCGAGGCCCAACCUGCCGAAGUGGGCGACGCAGAGACAGAGAGGGGUGGAGAUAAAAGAGACGAUACCUGAUCUACUCUUCUUUUUCUUUCUCCUUUUAAGCCCCACUUUUUUUGUUGUUGUUGUUGUUUCUGAUGAACUUUAAUCAUUUCACUUUUUUUUUGCUACUGCUGCACACAAUCCCGGUUCCCCCGUCCUCCUCCGCCUCGCCCCAGUGAAGAUAUUUACCACUAUGAGAUGGAGUAUUUAAUUUGUCCGACGUCACCGAAUCAUAGACAAAUUCACACACGCCAUCGGCUUAACCAGCAGACAGAUCAUUUAGCAUGGGAGAUUCGUUUUCUGGUCUUGCUUCUAUAAAUAUAACGUGUAUACUUGGUGUAGACCUUUGCAUAUAUAUAUAAAUAUAUAUAUAUAAAACUUUGUAGUUUUUUCUGGUUUUUGAUGUUGAAUCUGUAUCUAUAAUGUAUCCUAGUAGUGACCACAUACUUCUGACUGUAUAAUUGUACAUUUGUAAACCCUUGUAAUGUAAAAGUGCUUUACCACCCUUUUUUGGUAUGAGAAGAAAAAAGACACAAAAAAAAAAUCACUAGAAAAAAAAAAGAAUCUGUGCAUUUCAGUGUAUAUUCUCACCUCAUUGGUUGUGACAUAUGAGUUGUUGUAUAUUGUAAAUUGUAAUAUCAAAUCUUUGUUUUGAAAAGCCCUUUCUAUACAGCGUAGUACUUGUACAAAGAUUCGCCACGCUUGGUUUUAUCUUUAUCAUGUCACUGCUUAACUUAAAAAGACGUUGGUCUCCCACUGACUCCCAAUUGGACACGUUCUGUUUGACUUGGUGGUGUCUUCUGGCUUACGUUGAAGAUUCUUUUUGUCUUUUUUUUUUUUUUUUAUGAAACGAAAAGAAAAAAAAAGAUCUUUUUAUAGGAGUGCUUUACCCCCCGCAAAACGUUUGUGUACAGGCACGCCGGUUGGCGUGGCUUUCUGAAGCUUCACUGAUUCAAACCCACUCAGCUCCUGAGUUGACACCACAACCGGUUUCUGGGGGUAAAUCCAUGGAUUGUACAGAGGAGAUUCUUGUGUUUUUUGGCUUUUCUUUUCUUUUUUUUUCUUUUUCUCUCUCUAGUGCUGUAAGUGCUGUAUCAUACAUGUCCUUUUGGGUGAGAGAGGCGGCCCGCCACGGCGGCGGUGUACAUUUGGAGCAGCCUUGUGUAUAUUUACUACGAGCACACCUGUAACCAUAUGUGUAUAGUUAACAGAACCUGUGUAUGCUUAUUGCCUGGGCAACUAUUUUUUGUAACUCCUGUUGUAGAUUGUCUCUAAACAAUUGUGUGAUCUUUAUUUUGAAACCAAACAAAACAAAAAAAACUUUGAAAAUUUAA